AAAUUUCCGACAAAUCAGGUUUUUGUGGUUCAAUUCUAAAGGUCGGUAUUAUUUGUUGCGUAAUGUGUUACGUGCCUCUGCAAUUAACUGGAACCUUCCAGAGCCUUUUCUCUAGUUAGGGUUUCUUUAGGGUUUAACAACUCCCAAACUCCUUGGAAGAAGUCCUCGUUACUUUUGUAGAAAUUCUGGGAAGAAUCUUUGAGAGAGAGAAACGAUAAGCCUUCUCCAAUGGUUCGAUCGAACGGCGCCAGGCUCCUCCACUGCCUCACUCGUCGUUCCAUUGCCUCCAACCCUCGAAACUUUGUAUACGAGACCGUGUUCCGAUGUGGUUCUAAGAGAAUCCAUUCAGGACCAAACCCAUCUAGAAUUUUUCGAAAUUUCACUUCUAAUGAUGUUUAUCCAAGGAACUGGUUCUUAUUGGGAGCUUUGAAUGACAAGUUGGGCUCAGCAAGAACAAUUCACGGCACUGCUUCCGUGGCUUCAAGAGACUUUUAUGAUAUUCUUGGAGUGAACAGGAAUGCAAACGCAUCUGAAAUAAAGAAAGCAUAUUAUGGGCUUGCGAAGAAGCUUCAUCCAGAUACAAAUAAAGAAGAUCCUGAGGCAGAAAAGAAGUUUCAAGAAGUUCAAAAGGCUUAUGAGGUUUUGAAAGAUGAGGAUAAGCGCCGACAAUAUGAUGAGAUUGGCCAUGCAGCGUUUGAACAGCAAGAAGGCUCUGGCUUCUCAAAUGAUUUUAGGAAUCCAUUCAAGGAUAUUUUUGAUGAUAAUAUCUUCAACAUUUUCAGACAGAAUUUUGGCGGUCAAGAUGUUAAGGUUUCCAUUGAACUAUCUUUCAUGGAAGCUGUACAAGGUUGCAGUAAAACUGUGACAUUUCAAGCUGCUAUGCCUUGUGAAGCAUGUGGUGGGAGUGGUGUGCCACCUGGAACCAGACCGGAAUCUUGUAAGCGCUGUAGAGGCUCUGGCAUGACAUUCAUGCAAACUGGCCCAUUUAGGAUGCAAACAACUUGUACUCAGUGUGGUGGAACUGGAAAAACUUUUGCGAGACUUUGCAAAUCUUGUAGUGGUCAACGAGUGAUGAAUGGAGUCAAAUCGGUCAAGUUAGAUAUUGUGCCAGGAGUAGAUGACAAUGAAACUGUAAAGGUCUUUGGUAGUGGUGGGGCAGAUCCUGAUGGAAAUCAACCUGGUGAUCUCUAUGUUACCAUUAGGGUUAGAGAAGAUCCUGUUUUCCGUAGGGAAGGCGCUGACAUUCAUGUUGAUACUGCUCUGAGUAUUACGCAGGCGAUUUUAGGGGGAACUAUCCAAGUUCCAACUCUUACAGGAGAUGUUGUUUUAAAGGUUCGACCUGGCACUCAACCUGGUCAGAAAGUAGUUCUUAAGAAGAAAGGAAUCAAGACAAGGAAUUCAUAUUCAUUUGGUGACCAGUACGUGCACUUCAAUGUCAGCAUUCCAACCAGGAAUCUAACUCAAAGACAGCGUGAAUUAAUAGAAGAAUUUGCCAAAGAAGAGCAGGGGGAAUUUGAGAAGCGAACUGCUGCUGGAGCAUCUGGAUGAAAUGAGAAGAAUGGCUCUUGAAUUAUUCAUAUACCAAUUACGAUGGUUUUUAAUUCAACCAAACUAAUUGAUGCAUUGUAGAAAAAGAAAUGAGAAGGCAAUUUAUUUAUGCUGAAAUGACCCUUCCGGUCUGGAAAUUUUGGAGUGAUUUUUUUAUUGUAUUUGACCUUUUUAUUUAUAUAUAUAAAUAAAAGAUUGAUUGUUUCUAGGUUUA